CCUCAGCUGUCCCUUCUCUCUCCGGCCGUUUCGUCCGUCUUCUGUCUGUCCCACUAGAUACCAUUGGGCCUGAAAUGGUUUCUGCCUCAGGGCCUGCCUGCAAUGAAGUCAGGGUGGUAUUUGUCUUAGGCGUAGUGUGGACACGUCAGUCAGACCAUACACAACACAACACAGUACACAAGACAGCCGACCAGACAGCCACUCAUCCCGCUACAGAACUCUCCCCCUGAGUCCCCUCCCUUCCCUCUAUCAUUCUCUGUUGUAUCUCUAUCAAUCAUCUUGUCCCUCCCGUAUCUUGUCUGUCGUUAUCAAGAUCUUGUUUGCUUGUGUGGCUGAUGGGUGAUGAUGGCCCGCCUCUAUCAUCACUUGCGGCGGCCCAGCAAGCCACCUAAGCCAGCUGCAACACACACGAAGAGACGCACAAUCAUCCAAAGAGGUCCCCAACAAAGGGCAUGCACUCUGAUUGCUCACUGGUGGGAGGUCUGUCUUCCUUGGGUGUGGGCAGAAAUUUUGCAUUGUAGGCCUGCUGCUGAAGGCCAAUGUUCUUAUACAUGUUUUGGUCCCGCAGGUGGGGGAGGAGUCUGCCUCCCGGCACCCUCUUCGAAGGCGUCCCUGACCCAGCUGUAGGGGGCGGGGGCAGCUCGGUGGUCAUGUUGUGGCCAUACUUGAUGCGCUGGAUGUUGAGCUCCUCGGCCGUGGGGGGAAGCUUCUUGGGCGUGGGGCCUAGGGCCAUGUUUGUUAUCUGUAUGCCAUGCCAUGCCAGCCAGGACAGCCAAUUGGCGACAGACACAUUGCGACUGUAAAGGACCUUGACUCACCUCGUCGCCAAAGGAAGAAGACAGAGAGUAUCGGCGGGAGUCUAUGUUGAUAUGCUGCGAUGUGGGGGUGGCCGCGGGGCUCUGUUGCUGCUUGGGCGCGAAAGGAUUGGUCGUCACGACCGGCUCUGUGACCUGCAGGCAGGCAGGCAGGCAGGCAGGCAGGGGAGAGAGAGACACCGACAGAGAUGUAUUCCAUGGAUGGUGGCGAGCCAUGACUGUACGCACGGGCGUCUGUCUGUUUGUGUCCCUUACCGCCAUAUGUGUGCGAACCGGAGACUGCUGCUGCUUCUGCUGCUGCUCGCCCAGCAUCCGAGCGCUCAGCUCCUCAGCGCUCAGCUUGUGAGGGGUCAGCUUCUGAGCGCUCUGCUGCUGAGCGCUCUGCUGCUGCUGCUGCUGCUGAGCGCUCUGCUGCUGAGCACUCUGCUGGGGCUCCUGGCCACUGGCGCCGCCACCCAUGUGCACGGUCCCUCCCUGCUGCACAGCCACACAAGCAAACGGAGACAUAACACGCAUGUCCACUGUUCUGUUUGUCUGUCUCCGUUUGUCUGUUGGCCCCCUCCCCCCUCCCCCUCCCUCAAGCCCUCCCUCCCUCACGCACCGUCUGUGUCGUCGGGGGCACCUUGGGCAUGUCUGUCGCUGUCGUCUGGGCAGCAUACGGCGUGAAGAAGCCAGGCAUCUGCGCCUGCUUCGGGGCGGCCUUGGCCGUCUUGGGUGUGGGGGUGCCCGACAGCUGCUGCUGCUGCGGCUGCGAAGUGGGUGUCUUGGGAGGAGGACCAGAUGGCGGUUGCGUGCCGGCCUUGGGCACAGGAAGCGACGGAUGCGCCUUGCCCACCCACUGCUGCUGCUGCAGCUGCUGCAGGGGCUGAACCAUCGGCUGCUGCUGCUGCUGCACGGGGGGCUGCACAACUGGCUGCAUGAGAUGCAUUUUGGGCGAGGCAGUGGGCUGUUUGGGUGAGCCGGAGGGCUGCUUCGGUGAGGCAGCUUUGGGGGAGGCAGCGGCACCACUUACGACCUCUCCAUGUCCUUUCUGCUGCUCCUCCUUCGGCCCCGGUUGCUGCUGCACCUGCUGAAACUGCUGCACCCGCUGCACUUGCUGCACCUGCUGCGCCUGGCCCUCUUCCACACCGACAUCCACACCAAUACCGAAUUCCUGGCCAGGGCCACCCACACCACCGCCCCCCACCACAAACCGGGUAGCAUUGGGUGUGUCGUCAAACAACGAAUCUAUGGGCUUCUUGCCCUCCUGCUCGGUCGCAGCACGGUUCAACACGCCCUCCUUCGCCGCAGCAACACCAUCAGCAACACCGCCACGGGGCACCUGCUUGGGAAUGGGCGUGUCGACGGUCGAGGCGCGAGCCUUGGGUGCUGGUGGCGAGGGCAUCUUGGGAAGGGCUGGGGAGGUCUUUGCAGUGGCUGGAGUGUCUUUGGCGACCAGACGGGCGGCCCCGGGCGUGCUGGGGAUGGAUGCCUCCGCGUCGGGCUCACGGGCCUUUUUGCCGCCAGCAGUAGUCUUGACCGUCGUGGGAGGCGUCAGGGGCACCACCGUCACUGCCUUUCCCUGCACCUCCUGCUGCUGCUGUACCUGCUGGACCUGCUGGACCUGCUGGACUUGCACCUGCUGUUGCUGUUCCACCACAACCGGUGUCUCCGUCUCUGUCUCUGUCUUCUUCGGUGCCUCCUCCUUCUGUUGUGUGAGCUCCUCUUUCUUGACGGGCGGCUCUGCCUUCUGCUCCUCCUGCUCCUCCUUCUCCUCCUUGGCCUUGCCAACGACCACCACCUCACGUUCCUGCACGGCCUCCUUGACCAACACGGGAGCCGCUUUCUCCGAUUUCUCCACCUUGACGUCCCUCGUGGGGCCCAUCUGCCCCACCGCAUUCCCCGAGCUAAGCGCGACGCCGGCCACUGGGGGCGGGGUGCCGAUGGGCGUGUGAGGGGUCUCACUGCCAAGAGGAGGGAAGAGGAUGCUCGUGUCUUUGCCUUUGUCUUUGCCGACGGCUGAUCUGGGGCGGUGUCGGGGUGAGAGGCGCUCCAGCUUGGGUGGCUGCUGGCUGGGCCAGGAUGGGGAGAGGGAGGCGCCGAAGAGCUGGGGCGCCUCGUUGCCGAACUGGUCGAAGGUGGCGUGGAUGAUGCAUUGAACCGCCGAGUCCUGCAUCGACGACUUGAUCUUCAUCAGGUCCUUCAGGGUCUUUCCUUGGAGCGCCCAGAGCCUGAUUGCGUCAAUCAGUGUGACAAAGCCGUGACGUGUGUGUGUUGUGUGUGUGUGUGUGUGUGUGUGUGUGUGUGCGGCUGUAGGCAUGUCGCUGACCCUUUGAUCUCUUGCAGCUGAGCGUCGAUCUGGCAGUGAGUGCCGUCCUGGAGGAAUCUGAGGAUCUCUCGGCGGUGGUCGGCCGCGCUGUCCAUCCUCUUGUAGUACUCCUCGUGCAAUUCACCGUAGAGGUUCGAGAGAUGCUCGUAGCCCCGGUCUCUCGAUGCUGCACACACCACCGAACACACCACACCAGCAGAGUGAGAAACGGCGCCCUUUCCCUCUCUCUCUCCCUCCCUCCCUGCCUCCCUCUGUGUACCUCUGUGUAUCUGCUGCCUCUUUCUUACCAAUGCUGGAUGAGACCAUCUUGGCGAGUUCGAUCUGGUUCUUCUCACAUGUCUCCACCUUCUUGACGAGGGCCGUGCUGACCCGCUGCUGCUGGGUGGCAGUCUCUUCCUGCCGCUUGCUAGACUCUUCCUGCCGCUUGCUAAGCUCGGUCAGCAUGGCUUUGAGAGCCUCAAACUGCUCGUGAGACACGGACUGUUGCUGCUGGGUGGCGAUCGUGGUGGUGGAGGUGGGGGAUACUGAAGGGGAGGAGGGAGCAGCAGCUGCUGGAGCAGCUGAUGUUGUGCGAGGUGUCUUCUGUUUCUCGGCCUCUUGUUGCUGCUGCUGCUGAGGCUGUUCUUGCUGCCUUGGCUGGUCCGUCUGUUGUGCCUGUCGGGCUACCCACGAGUGAACGUCUUCCAGCAGCUUGGCCAUUUUCUUGAAGGACCUGCGAACGUGAUCGAUCGCACGGAUACAGUGGGGGAUGGAGUGGCUGCAUAUUGGGUGUCUCUGCCUGUGUGUGUCUGUGUCUGUGUGUGUGCUUACAUCCGCAUGCCGUGGACUUCCCGGAUGAUUUCCCAGUGGUAUAUGCCGCCGCGAUCUGCACACACACACACACGCAAUGGCAGCGGUGAGGCGGCCGGGGGUGGUGUCGUGUGUGUCAUGUGUGUGGUGGGGUACAUUUGAAGUCGGCUUGGUCCUUCUCGGGCGGCCACACCCACACGAACCCGCACCAAAAGGCAUACAGGCCCUGCACACACGAGACACAAGGAGACAGAUGCAGCCAGGGGUGUGUGUGUGUGUGUGUGUGUGUGAGGGUCCCAUUGGCUUACCAUCGCGACGGCCGCGAUGAAUAUGACAUACUGAGUGGGCCCCUCCUGCUGCUGGGCCACCGACUUGAUUAGCUGAGCGCCGCUGGCCGUCCACUCCAUCAGUGGUACCAGCCCCAAACCACCUGCACACCAGACACACACAGAGAAAUGUGAAAUGUCGACGGAGACCUGGUGGGCCCGUGUGCUGGGGGAGCUUGCCUGUCACUCCCGUCAGCCGCCGUAUGCCGUGUGUCGUCCGCAAAGCGGUACAGCCCAUCAGGCCCUUGACUCCCUCCCAGCUCCUCACCUCCCUCAACCGAUCCACACCCACCCACAUCGCCGCGUCCCUCACUGUGUCCGUGACCCUUCUCCACACCAUCUCCACCGUGGACAGCUCCUCCAUUCUCGGCUGCUUGAUCCACUCCAGCAUAGGUGUCCCGUCGGGCGCCACCAGGCAGCUGGAGGGGUCGCUUUUGCGGCAGGUUGGGGCGGCUUCGGGUUCAGCUACAUCGGCUGAUGCGUCUGCCAUGACGACGGGCUCUGCCUCCUCCGGCAGGGUGUCCUCGGUGCGAGGCGGCUCGUCGCUCGCCUGGUGGUGGGUCGGGGGUGUAGGUGGCUGUGGGGGAGGGGUCGGAGGGGGUGGCUGCUGUUGCUGCCAGUCUUGAUGUGCUGGGGGGGCGGUGGGUGGAGGGGUGGCGGGCAAUCGUGGCUCUUCCUGUCGAUGCUCGUGCUGCUGCUGAGCUGUGUCAUCGUGUGUGGGUGGUGUGGGGGGUUGCUCGUCUCUAUGGUCCUCUCUUGCCGCUUCGGGUGUCGGCUGAGAAGGCCUCUCGUUGACAUCUAGGCCCCUCGACUCGUCUGACAUUGGGUGCUGGUCGUGUGUCGGCUGUGGGGACUGAUCGGUGUACGGGCUAGAAUCUGGCCUCUCCUCAUCAAAAUGCCUCGACUCAUGGUCUACUACUGGCUGCUGCUCGUGUGUCGGUGCCUGAUCUGAGUGGCCGACUGCCGUUGGUGCUGCUGGUGGUGGAUCAGGUGGGGAGGAGGGGGCGGGCGAGGGCGGCUCAAACAGCUGUCCAUCGUUGGUGGUGCCGGCGAUGGUCGUGUGGGCGUCAGCCUCUUCGGCUGCCUGUGAGUCCUGCUCCUGUGCGGCCCCAGUCGGCACUUCGGACUCAGUGGCUGUAACCUGGGGGAAGGCGCACACACACACACACACACACAGACGGAUGGGUGAAGUUGUGUGGUGGUCAGUGAGUGAUGUCCGUGCCCAGGCUGUCUACCUCUGCUGUCUCGGCUUCUCCCUCGUGUGCCUCCUCAGUCUCAACAGCUUGAUCUGCUGAAUCAGCACUGGUAGAGUGGCGGUCCUCCGUGGGCCUGCCCUCAUCAUCACGUGCACCAGCUUCGUGGUUCCCUUGGUCUUGGCCUUCGCCAGCUUCUUGUUGGUCCCUUGGGGUGUGCGUGGGCUGAGUUAUCUCAGCUGCCGUAGUGCCGUCCUCACUGGAGCUUCCCUCGGACGGUUUGUGGCCUGGAUGGUCGGGGCGGUGCCCGACGGUCGGCGUAGGCCGGAUCUCCUCAACUGGGCUAGCGGUCGUCUCGGAUGGGGUGUUGGCUGCUGCCUCGCCCGACUCCGCUGCCUCACCCUGUCGUGACUUUUCCUCAGUUGACUCCUCCCGUCUGUGCUGUUCCUCCCCUGAGUGCUCCGGUGUCUCCUCCUGGUGAUGGGGGCUGUGACUGUCGCCCUCUACGGUGUCGUCCGGGUGUGUGUCGGCCUCAGCGGGGCCGUGGGAGUCAGCAGACGGCGGGUCGGGAGCUCCCGUCUCCUGUGCCUCUUGUGGACGGUCUGGCUGCUCCACAGGCUCAUUCCUGGGGCCGUUCCGAGGAAAGUGCGUUGGAAUCUGAGGGAGACGGCACGGAGAGGGUGUUCCCGACACACACUGCGAUGCCCCAGACCCUCUCUGACUCACCCGGUGGUUUGGCUGCGGCACCCAGUAGUCGCCCCGAUAGAUUUUCCCCUCGUCAGCAAAGACGCCUCCCGGGGUUCUCUCGUCCGGAUGGUCGCUCUCCGGCGCCCAGACCUGCACACACCACCCCAGUGUGCCGAUUUCUGUUGCACUGACGGUGCGGUGCACCGCAGCUUACGUUGAGAACGAGCGAGGCCGUGAGAAAUGCGAAGAAAGGUAAGCUUAUCAACAUCAUGAGUGCGAAGCAAGAUGCGGGAACCUCAUCGAAGCGCUGGAAAGUAAUAUUGUAUGGGGGCCGUA